AUGGCUCCCAAGAGUGCUGCUGCUUCCAAGGCUGGUACUGAGCCUAAAUGCAAACGAAGAAGGAUAACGAUCGCUGAGAAGAUGAAACUUCUGGAUAUAUUGAAGGAAGGGAUCAUUUUCGCUGCCGUAGCCCGCCAUUUUAGCGUGAACGAAUCCACCGUUCGCUACAUCAAGAAGGACGAGGCUAACAUUAGGAAGACGGCUGCCAUCACCUUUAAUAUGUCGGCGAAGAGAUUGGUUACGGCCCGUAAUAAAACUAUCAUCCGUAUGGAAGCUACUUUAGCCGUAUGGAUAGCCGACUGCCGAAGGAAGAACAUAGCCUUGAAUACGAACAUCCUCCAAACGAAGGCUAGGAGACUGUACGAGACUUUCGCCGCUAAAGAACCUGAAGACGACAGUAGCGACCACGAGGAAGAAGACGAAGACAACGUAGAAGAUCCGCAAUCAGGGACGUCCAGUGAUUCACAACCUAAAAUAAACGCCCUUUUUCUGCUAGCAAAGGGUGGUUUCAGACACGCUUCUGCCUAA